AAAUACGUAAGUAUAUAAGUAUGUGUACGUCAGCUGACAGUGACAAUUUACCGGUUUGGGGAAUUUCCCAACUCCAAAAUAAAAAAACUUGGAUAAUAAUUAUAAUUGUAUAUUAUAAUAGAAAAAUCAACAACGCAAUUGACUAUUAAAUGAAGCUUGUUGGAGAAAAAUUAAAAUUGUUAAUAAGUGUAUUAAAUAUAUAAAUGUGUGUGGAUUUUGCGUUGGUCAUCAAUACCAAGAUAAAAAUGGCGGAUGCUCAUGAAAAUUUCGAGUAAUAGGGGUCAUAUAGUUCUGUUUUUAAAAUAAAACUAUUAAUAACAGUGUAAUUAAAUAUAAACCAGUGUUUGUAAUCAAGGAUUAUCUCUGUGAAGUGUAGAGAUAAGUGAAAGAAGCCAGUUAUGGAUACAAGCUAAACAUAAACGUGAAAUAAAUAGUAAUUAGGUGAUAGGAAGUAGGACGUUUGACGUUGUCAGCUUCCUGUGUUCGAGAUUUGUUGUUGGCCUGCAGUUUCAGUCUGGGUUGAGGAAAAAAAAAAUACAUGAUGAAUUGGGAAUUCAUUUCAGAGGCCAAUGCUCAUUUGACAGAGACUGAAUUACGUUAUUACGGUGAUAUAUUUUUGUAUUGUUGUGACAACACCGAUCCAGACAAUGUCCCGGUUGUCAAGGCUGCUGAAUUAUUUCGAUCUGCUAAUUUACCUCGAGAUACUACUAUCAAGAUACUGGAUAUCUGCGUGGGCUCCAAAGUAAACAAUCACAUGGGCAGGAAGCAGUUUUACGCAGCAUUGAAAUUAGUCGCAGCACACCAAGCUGGUCUGGAUAUUCACCGUGACAUGGCUAUUAAUUCCCUGGAAAUAGCGACACCGUUACCCAGGUUUUCAUGGCCUACGUCAGGUGACGAGGACACCACAGACAGGCGUAAAGAUUGUAUGGUAGCUAAGAGCACAACAGCCAGUGGACUGACUGGGUCGCGGUUGCCUGAGAGCACCACUGAGAGUGAAAGCGAUGCAGAGUCGCCACGAGAAACUGGAGGCAGUACCGACUCACCGACACCCACCAACAGUGUCACGCAGGAAAGAAUAAUCGACGGUUUGAUGGCCGGAGAAACGAUUCUCGAUUCAACCUCCGGGAGUUGGCAAGGUCUCCUAGUAUCUGAAGAGCAGCGACAGCUGCUGGGCACUGAGGAAGAGAGUUCCGAGCGACACAGCAGCGAUGAAGCUGACGGAGAUGGAGACGCUUCGAGUUUUCCGCCAGAAGAAGUUUGGAUCAUCAGUGACGAGCAGAGAGAUUAUUACGCCGCUCAGUUUUCACGGCUACAGCCGAAUCCGGAAGGUUUGCUGGCUGGUUCCAUCGCGAGGACCUUCUUCGAGAAGUCCCGGCUGCCCGUCGCUGAACUGAGACGCAUUUGGCAGCUGGCAGACGUCACCAGAGACGGAGCGUUGAGCUUGCAGGAGUUUUACGUCGCGAUGCAUCUCGUUGUGCUGAGGAGAAAUCACGUACCACUGCCAGACUCGUUACCUCCGAGCUUGGCGUUCACGUUGACAGUACCGCCGCCUCCGUUGCCAACUUUGAAUUCUGUUGUGGUUGAACCGUCAGCUCCGCAGUCUCCUCCUCCGCCUCCACCGUCACCACCGACGCAAACUACGCAGCCAAUUCAUAGUCAGUCGCAAUCUCAGUCUCAGACUCAGUCUCAAUCUCAAUCUCAAUCUCAAUCUCAAGGCUCACCUUCUGCGACGACUGGUUCAAGCGCUGCAAAUACGCGAGAAAAAAAUAAAGAGUGGACGAAAUUUGUAGACUCUCCUACUGGCAGUGCUGGUGCUUUAGCUAGUCCUGGGCCAAAGCCCAAGUUUAUCGUUAAUUUUGACUUACAAAAAGCUGCUGUCGAUCGAGAUCCCAAGAUUCUACACCCGGUGCCACUUAGACUGACCCCCGAGGCGGCUAUUCUAGCCUCCAGUGCCAAUGGAAACAACAGCACCGCUGGGCUCGUUGAUGAAGACAUUCUUCUGUCGGCUGUCAACCUGGGACAGAGGUCGCUCAAUAAGAAGUCUUUGGCUUCCAACGACGACGGUCUUGCUGUCACGCCAAAAAAAGAGCCACCUCCUCCGCCACCUCCUAGACCUUAUAGAACCCACACUCGAAGCUCUAGUCUUGAUCUUAAUAAAUUAGGUAAAAAUGGACAAAAUUUUUUAGGUGCUCCACCUUCUGUGCCACCCAGAGUGUCUCCAGGAGUUAGCUCGCCAAGAAAACUAGUCGGUCAACGAAGUGAAUGUGAGGACCCGAGAUUGGUUAAUGAAAAUCCAAGUUUCGUCGCUGAUUUUUCUCACUUUUCUCCCAAGAAUGAAGAUAUCACAAAUCUGGAAAGUGUUCCAGCAAACCAGAGCCAACAAUUCACUGGAGUCUGUGGUGCUUUUCAUAUCUAUCGGAAACCCAAUCUUAAACGUGGAGAAGGAGAAGAAGAGGGCAAGGAUGAUACAGAUGACAGCAAAAGUCUGACUUUAGAAGAAUUGAGAGAAAAAAAUGCCGAGUUACGGCUCGUUUGCGAGGAGCUGACUCGUGAACUAGCUGGUGCAUUGCAAGAGCGUAUUAAUUUGCGUGCUAAAUUACUCCUUAUCACUUGAUCCUGUAUUUCAUCGCUAUCUCUAUUGCACUUGCAACAAUCAGACGAUCUAGUUGUCCGCCCAUAUCUGCAAUCAUGUCGCUCUCGUUCGCUUUCUUCAUGAACAAAAAUUUUCAUUAAUUAUUCACUUAUUUAAAUAAUUCUUUAUUUUUUUACUCGCACCCUAACUUGUCAGUAAUAUUUAGAAGAGCAUUAUCAAUAGUUGCAUACUAAACUUUAUACAUAUUUUCCCUUCACUUUAAUUGAUAAAAUUUCACGGUGUGUUGAUUAAUAAAUUAAUAAAUUGAAAAAAAUAAUAAUUAAUCAUCGGUACUGAGUAACAAUAAAAGUGAUAAUGAUAAAUAAUAACUAACAGUGUCGAUGGGCUUUAUCGAUUAAAGUCUAAAUGUAUUUUCGUAAGCUAUUUAAAAAAAUCUAAUCAAACAUUUCCAUCGUAACGUCGUCUCUACGACUUAGUUAGCUGUUCAUGUUUUCUAAAUAUAAUACAAUAUUAAUUAUUUUUAUUUAUAAUUAAUAUAUAAAUUUAAAAAAUAAAUAUCAUAAUUAAAAAGACAAAUGAAAAGUAAAAUGAAUUUUAAAUAACUGUUGCAUUAUUAUCAAUCGAUGGUUGGUCUAAAUGUAUUUGUAUAUAUGUAAGUUUAGCAGAGAUUAAAAAAAAAUGAAUUAAUAAAUAUUACGAGAAAUAUUUAUAGCUCUCGUUAAUGGGAUUGAUUCCCCUGAUAGUUGAUUCUAUUUGAUGUAAUUAAAUUAAUUAUAUAUAAUAAUUUACUGUAACUGAGAUUUUUUUUUUAUUUAAUAAAUAUCUGGCUCAUUAAUUUUAUGGUAGCAAAAUAAGUUUUCAUUAUUCAUUAUUCUUUCUUCAUUAAUUUUAAUUCAAAUAAUUGAUAAUAAUUUAUUGUACUUGGUAAAAAGUUUAGGAUUAGAUGAAGGUAAAAUAAAAAGGUAUGUAAUAAACUAAUUUGUUCUUUAUAUUUAUUGAUGUUUGAAAGAAAACUCGAUGAACAACGACGAUAGGAAAUACAUAUUGAAUUGCAUCGAUUUAUAUUAAAUCAACUGUACAUAAAUAUAGUUGACAAAAUAUGUAAUUAUUAAUUAAAAUUGUAA